AAAAUAUUAUUAAUCUGGAAAGUAACAAUUUAAAUUAAAUUAAAUUCAUAAAUAAACGUGUUUUUCGUAACAAAAAAGCCGUAGGAUUUAAAACGUGGUGUUCAAAUAUUUUAUAAGAAGCUUGCCGUGGAAAUAAAAUUUGCCGAAGUUGCACUCGGCAGCUGCAUCAAUACAUUCACACAAACGACUUUUUGUCUUUGUUUACACUCUUUCUGAAUUGUGAAAUUGCUGUUGGGGAUAUUGCACUUUGUCAAAGUCUUCCAAAGUACUGGUAACAAUAGUCAAUAAGCAGUUUGACAAAUUAAAAUAAGUUGAGUCGAUUUGUUAUGUCUGGAGGAGCUCUAAUAACACUAAAAGAAGAUGCAACUGACGGUGCGGGCACUAACAGCGGCGGAGGAGGCAAUUCUAAUAUUGCAAAUAACCAACAAACAUCCGGAUCCGGAAACGUAAACGCCACUCCCAGUCACAACGCAAAUGGUACUAACGGCGGUCCUCCAGAAGGAACACGACAAAAUAGCUUGCAACGCAUUCAAUUGCGCAAACAAAAAGUGUUUAACCUACCUGUUCCCCAUAAAUUGGCUAAAUUGUCUAUGUACUCUGCUUGCCAGAGCGAAGGAUGUCGUUGCACCGGAUGGAAAACUCCACAGGAAAAUCGUCAUCGAGAUGUCGAAUCAUCAUCAUAUUGCCCCGAGUUUACCGAAGAAUGCCGCAGCUGUAGGCAUGCUUUACAAAAUCAUAUUGCCCAUCUGGAUGGCAUAUCUGGAUCACAAAUGAACGAUCUUUUGGGCGCUAUAAUAGAUAUGGAAAAUUUGUUCAUGUCAAUGCAACGCGUAGAAGAUGAAGAUACCAAAAAAGUGUAUCUAUAUCUAUUUCGUCUCCUGCGUCAAUGUGUCCUAACUCGCCAACAGGCUGUUAUUCGCGGACCACUUGGUGAUCCACCAUUCGAGUCACCAUGCAUUGCAAAAGCAGUUUCCUCAUUCGUAUUCUACAAGUACAACCACUUGAGUCAAACCGAAUUACAGACAAUGACUGAGGUGGCAAAAACGUUUCUUAAUUUUUUAAAUCAUUACAACUUCGAACCGCCAUCAAUGCGCCGCUCUGGAUUAACCCAUGAGGAUGCCUCGACAUAUAAAAUUAACUAUACCCGAUGGCUGGUAUUUUGCCAUGUGCCCGCCUUCUGCAAUUCAUUGCGACAUUUUGAAACAUCGUUGGUAUUUGGACGCACCUUAUUGCGCACCAUAUUUAAGUAUAUGGCUGAACAGUUAAGAAAUAAGUGUUCUUCUGAACGAGAUCGCUUCCCAGCUGAUAAGCGUUCAAUCAUAACACAAAUGCCAAAAUUCUUAGAUGCGCUAAAAGCUGAACUACUGAAGGAUGACUCGCCAAUUUGGGAUCAAGGUUUUCGUCCAUCGACAGCUUUUAUUAUACAACAACGUAAACGUCAGCAAGAAGCAAGCACUGGAGCUGCAACUGGUAGUAAGCGUUCAGGUACUGGAGAGCCGGCACACAAAAGAGCCAAAAAAGAAAGCAUUGAUCGUGCCAGUGGCGACUGCCAGUUUGAGGACCUUUCCGAUGAAACCGUUGUGCGUGCUAUGAAAGCUAUUUCAGAAUCGAAGGCUAUAAAUAAAUCAGAAAUCUUAUUUCCGGUUAAUGUCUCCCGCGAUGAAAAUGUCAAAGCUGAAGAACAACAACGAGCCAUCGAGUUUCACGUCGUUGGAAAUUCCUUGACAAAGCAAGUGGAUAAACAGACAAUAUUUUGGCUUAUUGGGCUACAAGCCGUAUUUGCCUAUCAACUGCCCGAAAUGCCACGUGAAUAUAUAAGUCAAUUAGUAUUUGACACAAAACAUAAAACUUUGGCACUUAUAAAGGAAAAUCAGCCCAUCGGUGGAAUUUGCUUUCGUCCCUUUGCUAGUCAAGGUUUCACCGAAAUAGUAUUUUGCGCCGUCACCAUGUCCGAGCAAGUCAAGGGAUACGGCACACACUUAAUGAAUCACCUCAAGGACUACAGCAUCAAACAUGGCAUAAGACAUUUGCUAACCUACGCCGAUUGUGAUGCUAUUGGUUACUUUAAGAAGCAAGGUUUCUCCAAGGAUAUCAAAUUGGCACGACCAGUGUAUGCUGGAUUCAUAAAGGAAUAUGAUGGUGCUACGCUAAUGCAUUGUGAAUUACAUCCAAGCAUUGUGAACACACAAUUUAUUUCGGUUAUAAGAAAGCAGAGCGAAAUUCUGAAAGAAUUAAUUGCGCAACGUCACAAUGAGGUGCAAAAAGUGCGUCCUGGUUUAACAUGCUUCAAAGAGGGAUUGCGCUCCAUACCAGUUGAGUCGAUACCUGGUUUACGUGAAAUCGGUUGGAAACCGCAAAUGCGUGCACAACGCACUUCACGUCCGCUCGAAGAAUCUUCAGACCCAGAAAAAUUAGCGGCAUCCUUCACUGCCGUACUGCAAUCGGUGCGCCAGCAUCAAGCCGCUUGGCCGUUCCUACGUCCAGUACCAGUUGCCGAAGUGCCCGACUAUUACGAUCACAUCAAGUAUCCGAUGGAUCUAAAAACUAUGGGUGAACGCCUUAAGCAGGGCUAUUAUGUAACGCGGCGCCUCUUUAUGGCCGAUAUGGCGCGUAUUUUCUCGAAUUGCCGCUUCUACAAUUCACCGGAAACAGAAUAUUAUCGUUGCGCUAACUCGCUAGAGCGUUACUUUCAGACCAAGAUGCGGGAGUUGGGCCUAUGGGACAAAUGAUGUUGCGCCCUUAAUGCCGCCGUCGAUAUGCUUAGCGAACACGAACGCGUGGCGGAUGAACAUAAUGUAAGCAAUCCGGCGACAACAACUUCGGAAUUAUGUAUGAAUAUGCAGCAGGGCGAUAAUAACGGUAAUGGUGGCGGUGAUGGCGACACAAAUAUUGUGUUGACAGUUAACUUGGGUGUAGUUCCCGCACUGCCCGAGGAUAUAUUUAAAAAUUAGACACUAGUGAUUGCUUCAGCUUAAAAAUUAAAUUAUAUAAUAAUAACACUUUAAAUAAAUAAUAUCAGUUUAAACUCA